CCUGGCCCUGCCGUGCCGUGCCCCGCCGUGCCCCGCGUCGCCCGGCCGGCACCAUGUUGAGCAGCCAGCAGACGAGAUCAACCAAUGUGGUUUACCAAGCCCAUCACGUCAGCAGGAGUAAACGAGGACAAGUUGUUGGUACCAGGGGCGGAUUCCGUGGCUGCACGGUUUGGCUAACAGGUCUUUCUGGAGCCGGUAAGACAACCAUUGGCUUUGCUCUGGAAGAGUACUUGGUCUCUCAUGGCAUCCCCUGCUAUUCCCUGGAUGGUGAUAACGUUCGGCACGGCUUGAACAAAAACCUGGGCUUCUCAGCCGGGGACCGUGAGGAGAAUAUUCGCCGCAUCGCAGAGGUGGCCAGGCUGUUUGCUGACGCUGGGCUUGUCUGCAUAACUAGCUUCAUUUCUCCUUUUUCAAAGGAUCGUCAAAAUGCACGGAAAAUUCAUGAGGCUGCUGGGUUGCCUUUCUUUGAAAUCUUUGUUGAUGCUCCUCUAAAUAUUUGUGAAAGCAGAGAUGUGAAGGGCUUGUACAAAAAGGCAAGAGCCGGAGAGAUCAAAGGAUUCACAGGGAUUGACUCAGACUACGAGAAGCCCGAAUCUCCUGAACUGGUGCUGAAGACGAACAUUGCGUCAGUGUCUGAAUGCAUCCAGCAGGUUGUGGAGCUCCUGCAAACACAAAACAUUGUGCCCUGUGCAUCAAUUAAGGAUGUUUUUGAGCUGUUUGUACCCAAAAAUAAACUUGAUGCUGCUCGAGCUGAAGCAAAUGCACUGCCAUCCGUGGAGAUCACAAAGCUGGAUCUGCAGUGGGUGCAAGUGCUGAGCGAAGGCUGGGCCACGCCACUGAAGGGCUUCAUGCGCGAGGCAGAGUACCUGCAGGUCAUCCAUUUCGGCACGCUGCUGAACGGAAAGAAUUUCUCUGUAACUGAUGGUGUCGUCAACCUGAGCAUCCCCAUCGUGCUGCCAGUGUCAGCACAGGACAAGCAGCGGCUGGAGGGCUGCGGGGCGCUGGCGCUCAGCUACGCAGGGCGCAGGGUGGCCAUCCUCAGGGACCCCGAGUAUUUCGAGCACAGGAAGGAGGAGCGCUGCGCCCGCAUCUGGGGCACCACCUGUGCCAAGCACCCACACGUCAAGAUGGUGAUGGAGAGUGGAGACUGGCUGGUGGGGGGAGACCUCGUUGUGCUGGAAAAGAUCUGUUGGAAUGAUGGCCUGGACCAAUACCGCCUGACACCGCUGGAACUCAAGCAGAAGUUCAGGGAAAUGAAUGCUGAUGCUGUCUUUGCAUUCCAGCUGCGCAACCCCGUGCACAAUGGGCAUGCCCUGCUCAUGCAGGACACGCGGCGCCAGCUCCUGCAGAGGGGCUACAAAAACCCUGUGCUUCUCCUGCACCCCCUGGGUGGGUGGACCAAGGAUGACGAUGUUCCGCUGGAGUGGCGGAUGAAGCAGCAUGCGGCGGUGCUUGAGGAGCACGUCCUGGACCCCAAAUCCACUGUUGUUGCCAUCUUCCCCUCUCCCAUGCUCUAUGCCGGCCCCACAGAGGUGCAGUGGCACUGCCGGGCUCGCAUGAUUGCUGGCACCAAUUUCUACAUUGUGGGGCGCGAUCCUGCAGGCAUGCCUCACCCCGAGACCAAGAAGGACCUGUAUGAGCCCACGCAGGGAGGGAAGGUGCUCAGCAUGGCGCCGGGCCUGACGUCGGUGGAGAUCAUCCCAUUCCGUGUAGCGGCUUACAACAAAGUGAAGCAAGCUAUGGAUUUUUAUGAACCAGAAAGGCACAGUGACUUUGACUUCAUCUCAGGAACACGCAUGAGAAAGCUCGCUCGCGAAGGGGAAAACCCACCGGAUGGCUUCAUGGCCCCCAAAGCUUGGAAAGUGCUAACUGAGUACUACCAAUCGCUGGAAAAAAAGAAUUAACACUACUUCUCCUCCUAGAAAUACUUGUAUUAAGAGUGAGCAAUGAUUGAUUCCCUAUGAUAGAGAUCAGCUACAUGGCAUUUUCACUAUUCUGACUGGUGGGACUUUUCCUGUCUGGAUCAGAGUAGUUUUUAAUAAUCAGAAAUACUUUGAACCAAGUCCUCCUCCCCUCAGAGCUGGAGGAGGAGGACAGCCAGCCCUUUGCUUCCAGCCUGGUGCAGCUCCAAGGUGCCUGGUGCAGUGUUGAAUGAGGCCAGCUGGCUCAUUUGGUGCUGCCUGGGCAAAUCUGUGCACCUGCAUGGAAUAGAAGCAAUGAAGUGUCCUUCCUUUACCCCUUGCCCAGCGCUGCCCCAAAAGAGGGACCAAGGAGUGGUUGCUGCUGGCCCUCAGUGCUUGGAUCCAGUUGCUGCUCUCAAGGUCGCGCCUUAGACAUUUGCUAACAGUGAGACUUUUUAGUGCCUUUUUAUGAACAGCCUCAUUGCUGAGUCAGUGCCUCACUGGUCUUCUCUUCCUCCUGCUUGCCCCCUCUGGUAAAAAAAAAACAACUGGCUGUGAUCCUGGUGCUCUAAGCUCGCUUCCCAUGGGGACGCUGGGAUUCCCUGUGCUCAUGGCCCAGUGGGCACCAUGGCGGCCGUGUGGAGCAUCAAGUAGCCUGGGAGAUCACUGAGAAGAUGCUGAUCAUACAGGACAGUGCGAAGGGCUGAACUGGGGCUGCCUUUGCCUGAUGGAGAGCUCUUGCAGCACUAUUCUGGUUUUCCCCACCACGGACUUUGCCAUCGCACCUCAUGCCUUCCCUCUGAUUUGUACUGCCAUGGUGUUGGGAAGGGUGAACAGCGCCUUCCCUGACAGCUGCACUCGGAGGGGAGGUUUUAGGGGACAGCAGAGGGAAGGCAGCCAUGCACGCAUUACCACCAGCUUUUGUGGCCUUUGCACACAUCCUCUUCAGUCAGUUCCGCAGGGCUGCUCAGCGCAGGUUUCACAGGAACUGUUCUGCACGUGCCGCCUUUUAAUUACAGAUGGGUCCAGGCUCAGCAAGAACAACCCUGGUUCUGCGGGGGACUGCGCAUCAAGCAACGCCGCAAGCUCAGAGCUGUUCUGCUGUGGCCGUGGUGCAGUACCAAGAUUACACAUGCAAUUGGGAAUAUUUUUGUACGAAGCGUCUUAUUUUUCAUUUGUCACCUGAUGUUGGUUUUCUUUUUGUAAUCUUUUUAUAUAUUCAAAGAGAAGAACAAAAAGCUGUGUUAUACCUCAACAUUGUGCUGCAGCCACCCCGGCAGUAGCCAAGAGCAUACCAGCACCAGAGCCUUCCACAUGCAGGCCCUCUGGCAGGGACCUGGAAGAUAAAAGCAAGACACCAAUUUUUAAUUGCAAUAUUGGCUAUUUUGAAGCAGCAGUUAGCUGUUGCCUCUCAUCCCAAAAGAAUCAAGCAGUGCAAGACAAUGUACUUAAUCCAGAUGGCCACAGCAAAACGCAAUUGUUGAAUUGUUCUUUUAAAAUAGCAUAGUAUACAGAUUACCUCUGAUUAAAAUAAUGUGGACUAGUUUUUUUGUGUGUAUUUAUUAAAGACAUGAGACUGGAAUUUGUACCUCAACUGAUGCAUCUCCUGAUUUAAUAUAUUCUGACCCUGAUACUCUGAGACACUCACUUUUAGUACAAAUAAAUAUUUAUACAUGUAAACUAA